CUGACUUCACAUUUAUCCCAGUAAUGUUAUUCGUGAAGUUUGUGUGAAGCCUAAAGAAGAACUUGUGGAAUUUAAAAAUCUGAUAAGUUUGAUUUCUGGUGUAGAGCCCGCCUGAGUGAUGCCUCGUUCUUUCUUGGUGAAGCGAGGAGGGCUGCACCACCUUGGAAAAAAGACGACGUCCUGGGACACAUCCCUGGGGUACUCCACAGUAGAUAAUAACACUGUGCCCAUCGCUUUACUGCAGCCGGACCUUCCUGCUAACAACCGUAUUAAUGGAAAUGAGCAUCUUCAACCAUUCAGACCCAAAUCUAAUGACCGAAUAUCUGCUGAACCCUGCAGUCCUGUCAACUUCAGUAGCCCCACGGAGAAACUGGAGUCUCACCCUCUCAUACCACCGGUAUGGUCCAGACCUCAUGUGAGCUCAGGAUAUCCAGACAAACUGUCUAUGGGACUGGGAGACUUGACCCCGCACCCUAACAUCCUGAGGGAGACCAGGAGCGGUCUCUGCUCGAAGAUGAGUGCUCCAAGGACAGAGUGUCCACUCUGUAGCAAAUUAUUUUCAUGUCUGUCAAGUCUGAAGACUCACAUAUGCAAAAGUCAUGGAAGCAGAGCACCGGCACACAUCAAGUCCAGCAGGACAGAAACUGAGCGAUCACCAUGCAGCGGCAAGGAGAGGACGUUUGGCUGUUCAGUGUGUGGAAAAGUGUUCAAGCGCUCGUCCACCCUCUCCACUCACCUGCUCAUACAUUCAGACACGCGGCCUUACCCCUGCCAGUACUGCGGCAAACGGUUCCACCAGAAAUCUGACAUGAAGAAACACACCUUCAUACACACAGGCGAGAAGCCCCAUGUGUGUCAGAUAUGUGGGAAGGCCUUCAGCCAGAGCUCCAACCUCAUCACCCACAGCCGUAAACACAGGGAUGACCGGCCUUACCGCUGUCCUCACUGCCUCUACAGCUUCCAGCACAAAGCUGACCUUCGGCAGCACCAGGAGCUCCACUGCACCUACCGCUGA